UUCAAUAAACUGAUAGCUCAGGCUUGCCGAACAAGAGUCAGGAGAAGUCAGGAGUAACUAAUGAUGUGGAUUGGAGCUCUUCCUCAAAAUAUUGCCCUUCACACUAAAUUCAACAUCAACUCCCAAAGAACGUUCAACUGUACUAUCGCAAGUUUUUCCCAAUUUGUAUGCAUGGGUAGUCAUUGCAUAGAUCGAUGUCCACAAUGAAUCUCGAAGACUGAGCAGUACCCCUUUUUGCCUUGCAUUUCAAAUGAAACAAAGACCUAUAUUGCUAGGAUUACGACUAUGAGUUAAUUUUGAAUCGGGAUGUCCAAUCCUCAGGCUAUAAAUGCGCUGCAUUUCCCCGCAUUCGAAUUAACGAUCUCACAACGAGCACCUUGACAUAUUUGUACCCAUCGCAAACGAAAUUCCACUCUCAACUCGUUUCAACAUGAUGCGAUUCUGCGCGUUAAUCGUUCUACUCUUCACAACAGCAUUGGCCAGAUAUAUAUCAGUGUCCGAUGAACUCGACACCACCGAGUCUAUCGUUUCACUGCUCUCUGCCUCCAACCAUCAUGGCGCGCCUUUUCCGCCCGGAUCCUUUGGCUCACGUGCUGGGUGGUACUACGGUGACGACCCUUCUUCAUCUUCAGUAGAUGGUCUUCCGUGGUUAGGGGACAAGGAUUUAUGUGCUGUGCUCAAGCAAAGGCCUGAUGCUAUUCACUGCCCCGUCACCAAACCGAAACCUACCAAAACCUAUGGCAGACGAUCAGCUACCGUUCCUGACUCCACCACUACUGCUUCAUCGACUCCUACACCGUCAUAUGUCACUGUGUUUAGCGGUCUCAAUGCAUCUGUCGAUGGCUCUGGUUACAUAACAUAUGGUUUAGUCGAUGAUAACGCCGAUUGUGAGACGUUUUGCGACACCGUCUCGAAUUGCAUCUUCAUCAAUUCAUACUACGAUGUGAAUGGAAAGGAUGAAAGUCCCAAGCUCACUUGCUCCCUGUACUCGGUGGUACAUACUGCAGCUGACGCCACGAACACAGGUGGUCAGACAGAACCUGAUGGAUUUAUGGAUUAUAUUUUGGAUAGUGCCGGUUAUGCAUUAAGUACAGCAACCUAACUUGGUGGAGAAAUUUUCUUCGAUAUGUACAUAGAUAUAUCAUUCGUUGUAACAUUUCUUCUUGACAUUUCUCAAUUUACAUACCAAUACCCUUUACAU